AUGGACUCGGCGCUGUCGGCUGGGGAGCUGCUGGACAAAGCUCUUCUCGCAGCUCAGUCCAGCGCGAAGACUGUGCUCUUGAAACAACUGGAACAAAAAGAUGUGACGCAAUCUUUGGAUGAAGAGACGUUGGCGAAACUGUUGAAGGCCGCACACAAGGAGGUCGACGAGAACGCAAAAGUGGCCUUGCUCAAAGCCUGCUGUAAGCAACAUCUCAACGUCUGCCAUGGGGAGUCUGCGGCCUGA